AUGCCCCGCGAGGCCACGGUCGCGACGCUCGCGCGGUCCAAGACGCCGCUGUCGCACUUCCCCGAGUUCGCCGCGCUCAAGGCGGAGCUCAAGGAGCUGCGAGACGCCGCGGAGCGAAAGGAAUCGCGCGAGGCCAAGGCGCUGAGGCGUCGGCUGACGGAGCAAUCGGAGCGCCAGGCUGCGCUCUCGGACGCGUUCACGUCGCUCUCGGACGCGAUACUCGACGAGAUGGAGACGCUGAAGCGCGAGAUGCGCGAGCUGCGCGCGGACCAGGAGGCGACCGCGCGAUGGCGACGCGCGACGACGCGCGACGUGAGGGCGCUCGAGGAGGAGGCGCGCGCGUCCGUCGUCCGUCGCGGAGCCGAGGAGAUGGGGGAGAGCAGCCCGCCCGCGAGCCGUCUGGAGCAGCUCUGCGGCGUGGAGGACCGCGUCGAGGCGCUGACGCGGCGCGUGGAGGCGUGCGAGGCGGAGGCGCGAGACGCGAGCGCGCGGAGGGUGGACGACCUGGACCUGACGCGCGCGGCGUUGGAGGCGGCGCGGCGAGACCAGGCGCGUUCUAUUAUCAUGACUGGUUCCCGUGCGACCGCGUCGGCGCGGUGCACGCCGUUCCUUGAGGACUUUUGCCGGCGCGCGUUUCUCUCCGCCCACCCCACGGUAUCAUCGCCCGACCGCGAUGCCUUUCAACUCCGCUUCUGA